GAGGGGUAAAAAAAAAAAAAAAAGAAGAGAAAGAAAGCACCCAAGCGUAGUCGAGAGAGCAAGGAGAGGGAGAGAGCAUAGAGAGUGGGAGGGAGAGAGGAAGACAGGGUGACUUGCAGGAUCUUGCCUUGUGUAAUUGCUGCUUCAGCGCUGUCAUUUACAGCCAUUGCCAGACUGCAGAGAGAGUGUUUUGGCCAUGGCGUGUGCAGCACUGAGGAAUAAUGUGUGGGAGCUUGCAGUGCUGAUCCUGGGCCUGCUCUCUCUGGCUCACAUUGUCACAGCUUCCGAGUGCAAGGAGAGCUUCUACAGAAACACACCCCCACACUGGGUCACUGAGUCGGGCCUGGAGAGGCGAUGCCACAACCUGGGAGCCGGGCGCACUUUUGCUUCACUCUCCCACCCGGGACACCAGUCUCACAUCUAUACGGCUCUGCACCUCGGCCAGCACAACGCAUGGGGCAAAGGAACGACAAAAGAGUUGCAUGUGCAGGACGAGACAAGCGUCCUCGGAGGAGAAGAUCAUUUUGUCCCGGGAUUGUACAAGAAGGACCAGCAUGUAGCUUCAUCACCCUCACCGUCUACUUUCCAUAAACUGGAUGCUCUAACUUCAGAGCUGGUGGAGAGCAGGAUCACGCCACAGUGCUCUAAGGCAAGGGGAAGUGUGUAUGUUCAGAGUGGCAUGGGUGGCCUGAUCGAGACGAAGGAGGACGUGCUAUGGUCGGCAGUGUGCUGCGAUGUUCCUGAAGGAGCCGGAAGCUUCAGUAUGGGAAUGGUCCUUGAGGGUGAAGGGGAGAUAAAGCUGAUGAGUGUGAAAGAGCUGGAGGAACUGAUGGACUUUAAAGAGCUUUUUUCAGGUGGAUGUGGAGAGACAAUUCUGGAAAAUGGGGCAUUGGAAGUCGGUGAAGUUUCACACACAGAUGAGACAGACAAAAGCAGUGAUGAGAAUGAGGUAUCGAUAGAAGAAAAGAUAGAAGAAAGAACCCUGUCUGAACCCAGUCUGGAAGAAAGCAGCGAAGAAGCCGAAAGCCAAGAGGAGAGCGUUGUCCUCUAUGUUCUGUCUUCAACCAUAUCUCUCCUGUUUGCUCCUCUAUCUCCGGUUGUCUCCACCCUCACUAACUUGCCCUUUCAAAUCUGCUAUGUCUUGCAAGAGGACGCAGCCGUGCUGACAUCGCUGCCUGGUGACAGUCUUAGUUUGGUUCAAAACAUGGGCUCUGGUGUCGUCUCGGGUGUUGAGAACGUAGGUAGCAUCGCCUAUCAAGUGGGUGAGCAUGGCGUCUGCUCACUGUAUACAUUAAUAAGCACAUUAACAGGCACGCUCAUGAUCUCCUGCCAGGAGGGAAUUGCCGGUACAGGGACGCUAAUGGGUGAUGCUUUGGGGUUGGUAACCGGUGCACUUGGUGAGGUCUGGGAAUUUGGCUCAGAAGUUGUAGGGAGCAUGUGCCAGGGAUUUUGUGGGUACUUGGGUGUAGUAGGCACAGAGAUUGGCGAACAGGGCAUGACAAUAGGUAAAGGAAUCGGCAGUCUGGUCUGGAGGGGACAGAAGGGACUUGGGCAUGUAAUAAAUAUGGUUGUGGGCGUCUUUGGGGGAGUGUUCGGAAACAUGAUGGAAAACAUCCAGGAAGCGGUCACUAAAGAGUGAGAGAGCAUCAAGGUAUUUUUUGUGCAUGAAUGCAUGGAUCUGGCGCGGAUCUUUCUACUUACACUAUUCCAUCAUGGUCGGGGUCUCGCUGCACGAAUAUGCUUACGUGGACUGGCUUUUACAUGACGGCUCUUAAAUCGGAGGAGUGGGCACUGACAUGAAGAUUUGUGUGGAUUUGAGAUCUUAGCGAUUGAUCUUAUACACUCUUUGUGAAGUUGGUGUGCAUUCAGUGCAUUCAGUCGAAUAUGGAAAGGGGAAAUGGUUCAAAGGUUAUGGAUUACAGAAUUUCAGGUUUAAUGCAAAUGAUUUUGAUGCCAAAAUUGAACAGUAUCAUAGAGACCAUGAGGCAAGAUCUUGUACAAUACAACGCAGUUCAGUCUCCUCAUUGUUAAUCAACUUUCCAGCUUUGCUUCGGUGGAAUAUUUGUACAAACUGCCCUCAAUAUUAAGCAGGAUAUCAGAAAAACCUGUAACAAAUGUAAAAAAAAAAAAAGUGUUCAAUGUCCAGUCAUCUCCUCAGUGAAACUGAUAUAUGUAAUCAUCAACUCCAACUUGAUUGAUGUCUAAAUAAAAGAAAGGAUUGUGUCAUGGA